CUUCCGUGGAUAUCAAUGCGGAAGACAAACAGGGAGCUCAGAAUUCCUGACAGGACUUGAAGCAAGCUUUUAAGGUGAAGUGUUUGACCUUUCAGGUGAAAAAGAAACACAAUGUGGCCAAAUCAAGGUCCUCCCCCUCCAGUGGGCCCACCAAACCCUGCCUACCCUCCUGGCUACAACCCUGCAUAUCCUGCUGCACCUGCACCAGGAGUCCUCCCCCAGCCUGGUCAGUACCCGGCUGGUAUGAAUCCACCCAUGGUACCAAAUGCACCUCCAGGGCUGAUGCCUUAUCCAGGACCUCAUCCUCCCAUGGCUCCAGGUGGAUAUCCAGCAGUCCCUCCUGCAGGUGUUUACCCUGGUCCAUACCCACACUCUCCAAAAGGGGGUCACCACAAAGGUCACCACAAAGGUCAUCAUAAAGGUCAUCAUGGAGGGGUAAAUCCCAUGACUGGAGCAUUAGGAGGAGGAUUGGCAGGAAUGGGAAUGGGGUUGGCCGGACAUGUAGCCCACAAAAAGGUGAAGAAGAUGAAGAAAGCACAUAAGGGGCACAAACAUGGGCACCACAAACACGGCAAGUCCUCCAGCAGCAGCAGCAGCAGUAGUAGCAGCAGCAGCAGCAGCGACUCAGACUGAGACCACCAGUUCAAGACUAGGCUUUCACAGAAACGCUGCUUUGCAAAAGGGCAACCAGAGUAUUAACCAUAAACACACAAACAUCAUGCUUAUCACUUUAAUAGGAUUUCUGUGAAAAUGCAGUACUUUAUCAUAUCUUGCAUGGGAUCAUAUCAUAUCUUGUAUUUUGGCUGUAUUGGCAUUCAUUCUAUGUUUUGAAUUACUUGCCUUUUCUUUUUUUGUGGUGUUUGUAUUAUUAGUGCAUAAACAUACUGAAAUAAUAACAAAACUUUGUUUUGUUUGAAAAAAAACUAACAUUGUGAUAUAGUAAAAGAAAAUAUGUAAACUAUGUUUUCUUUCUUUUCUUCAUUUUUUUUCUAAAUAACCUAGAGAUGGAGAAUUAUACAGAUAGAGUCUUUAUUUAGGCUUAUAGAGUCUGUUAUCGUGCAUUGCUUUGUAUCUGCACUAAUUGUAAUUAUAUAUAAAGGGUCUUUACUUAAUCCUGCUCAAUAAAUGGGUGUAAAUAAAAAGUC